GUAUUAUUUGUGAUCCACGAUUUAAGAUUGAAAAUUUUAAAAUUCUAAUUGAGUAUUACUACAGUUGUUUUUUAGAUAAAAAUAGUUAUUACUACAGCUAUUUAGUAGAAUGGAAAAAUGAAAGAGAUAAUGCUAUAACUCUUUUUGAGGAUUUGUUUAAGGAAUAUCAAGGGUUAUACGCUGCCACGUGUCAUUCUUUCGUUCGUCCGUCUGGGCAGCCUCUUUCCUAUAUAAAGCGAGGUUCUCCCUAGGAUUUCCUCACUUGCAAAUCUUCGAUUUAAAAAACUGUCCGGCUGCUUCUACUAUUUCCGAGUCCUCCGAGUCCUCCGAGUCCUCUUAUUCCAAGUAAGUCUCUUUCUUUCCACUUCUUUGAGUGAUGUCUGACCACGAAGACAGCCAGAACCCUUCCACCCAUUCUUACGGUUCUGGUGACCGGGCUCAGACUUCCGGUUCCUCUUCUUCUUCAUCCUCUGAUUCUGAGCACCUGGCUACUUCUCCACAGAAGAAGCCGGUUGAUGCUUCCACUUGUGCUCCUUCUUCUUCCGUGGCGCAAGUGGUCUUGGUUGCCCAACCCGAGGAUGAGGGUUUUAUUCUGCUGGACGACCGGUUGCUCCAAACGCAAUCGUUGGUCAUGCAGAAGGCCCAAGUCCACGAGGUGCGCAACCUGAUGCCGGACGGGUACCAAUUAACUUACCGGGCAACGUGGAAGAGCAUUAUUCCUCUCCACGUCGGUACGUCGAUUGAUAUCCAUUACCACUCUAUCAAGGACCUAGGCGAAUUCUCUAUUCACCCAUUCAAAGUCCUUUUCCUCGAGACAUACGGUAUCAUGCCCGGGCAGCUGGCCCCUAAUGGUCACCGUUUGUUGGGCAGCUUCAUCAAUGUCUGCCGGUUCCUUCGUAUUCCUCUCUCCCUUCGUCUCUUCGACCAUAUGUUCGAUUUCCGGCCCGGGUCCAAAAUAAAGCGCCAGGUCAAACCAACGGAGGCCGAUGACCUGGUUGCCCGGGAAAACACCCUCCAGGCCGGGGAUGCCUCCACCCGCGGUCUUUACCACGUCGGGAAGUGGAGCGUUUACCCCGGCCGAGAGACUGACCCUGAGCCGGAGAUUGUCCUGCCCGAGGCGAUCCCCGAAGCUAUCCCCAUCCGCCAGGCGAGGGGACCCAAAGCCCAGGCCACUGCCACCGCCGGUCCUUCAUGCCCGGGGAAGAAGAAGAAGGAGAAAGUGGUGAAGUUCCAGUCGAAAUUUGCCACCCCAAAAAUCGUCGUUAAGGAGCCCUCCACCGCCCAGCUUCUCAGCCAACCUUCAGUCCAACCAGUCACUUUGGACGAGCAGCCGGUCCAGUCUCAACAGGGGACCAGCCAGCCCAUCCACUCCGGAGAACUCUACAUCAAUGUAGAUACCCUGGAGUUCGACCAGCUGAUGGAGGCUGGUCAAGCAAACCAGCUGGCCGAGGGAGGCCACGACGAAGAGGAGGCUGCUGAAGAGUCCCUUAAAAGGAAGAGGCGGAACACUGAAGUAGUCGACCAGCCAGCUCAUCAAGCGGCCCAGUCCUCCGAUGCCGGCAAAAGGCAAAGCCAGCCCUGGUCUAUGGCUCUAAUGUCCAGAUCGAACGAAGAGCUCCUCCAAGCCUUCCGCGCCGACCUGACUGAGGUCGAUCGGAUUGGUGAGGAGUACUUCACCAGGCGGGUGAAGUCAAGGGACGAGGAAAAGGCCCGGAUGGAGGCCAUGAUGGUCGAAUGCCGGAAGGAGGCUAAGGCCGCUUUUGAGAAGGCGGCAAAGGCGGAGGAGAAGUUGAUGGACCAUUGUGCGGUCUACCGCCAGCUGUAUGUGAAGCAUGACGAUCUCCUCAAGGCCGCGAAAGAGGCCGAUGAGCAAGCUCACGCCAAGAUCCAACAGCUUGAGGCCGAGAACGCCCGGUCGGCUGAGGAAAUUGCCCGGCUCGGAGAUGAGCUGGAGAAAGAGCGCUCGGAAAGGGCUCCUCUUGCUGCCGCCUGGGCUGUUCAAGCGCCUGAGGAGUUUGCUGCCCAAGCGCUUCCUGAACGGGAGACUGCCAUCCGCUUCUUCCAUGGUUUAUACAAGCACGAAGUCUCGGCCGGGAUCAUCGACGAGAUCGGAACCUACGGUUUCAACAAGUGGUCAGUACGAUGAACAGCGGGCUCUAUAUGGUAUCCUUG